AAGAACAAAAUGGUCGCCGGCUGUGUCAUCACCGAGCAGUGCGCCCUGUCGGUGUCGACGGAGCGGCUGUGGAAGGUGGUCUUCUCCGGCGAGGAGACGGCCGCCCUGCCCAAGUCCUGUGCGGGCUUCAUCGACGCUGUGGACAUCGAGGGCGACGGCGGACCCGGCAGCAUCUUCACCAUGACGCUCAGCCCGGCGGCGGCAGAGCUGUCAGGCUCGGGCGUGAUGAGGAGCCGCGUGAUGGCCCGCGACAACGCGGCUAGGGUGUUCAAGACGGAGGUGCUGGAGGGCGACAAGGUAAGUGGGCAGCUCAAGUCGCAGGCAGUCGAGAUGAAGCUCGAGGCGGCCGGGGAUGGUGCUUGCGUGGCGAAGCUCAAGGUAGAGUACGAGAGGCUGGACGGCGGCGGGGCGCUGUCGGUGGAGGACCAGGCGGCGCUCGCCGCUGGGUACCUCGACCUGUUCAAGAUGGUCGAGGCAUACCUAGUCGCCCAUCCUGCCGAGUACGCCUAA